AUGGCUUCCAAAUUUCUUAUUCCUGAUAUGUCUAAGUUAGAACCUCUUGAUGGCAAGAAUUAUAAACAUUGGGCUGUUAGGAUGCGUUUUUAUUUGGAACAAAUUGAUGUUGCGUAUGUGCUUGAUGAUAUUGUUGAACUUGUUGAUAAGGAUGAUUUGUCUGAAACUGAUGUUAAGUUUUCUAAAGAUGAUAGAACAUGUAAGGGCAUGUUGCUACAUUAUAUGUCAAAUAAUUUGUUGGAUAUUUAUAUGGGUUUUUAUCAUGCUAAAGAUAUUUGGGAUACUUUAGAGAAAAAAUAUUGGACUGAUGAUAAUGUUGGUACUGAACGUUAUUGUGUUAGUAAGUGGUUGAGUUUUCAAGUUGCUGAUGAUAAGCCUAUUAUUGAUCAGAUUCAUGCUUAUGAGAAUGUGUGUAUUAAUAUGACUGCUAAAGGUCUGUCUUUUUAUGAUAUUACCCUUGCUAUUUUUUUGAUUGAGAAACUCCCUCCCUCUUGGAAGGAUUUUCGUAACGAAUUGAUGCACAAAAAGAAAGACCUAACCUUAGAGGAGCUUGUUGGGACACCUCAAAAUUGA